AUGGGUAUUGCCAUUCCAGUAGAACAACGUAUUCAAGAUAUCAGAGGCAAUCGAAAUAUUGGCGUCAAGAAAUUAAUUAAUUUUUUACCCAAAUCGAUGAUUUCAGCUUCCAGCCCAGAUACACUGAUGGAGGGCGUUCCAGAAAUCCUUUCGCUUUCCAUAGAAGAGCUUUCUGGAAUAGAUCCACUGCACACUAGAGUUGAGGAAAUCGUAAAUCGAACCAAACUCUUGGAAAAUGACCUAAAAGUUCACGGAAAGUUUAGCUAA